UUGCUCGACUAAUCGAGCCUUGCACGUGUUGCGACGGCGCGUGCGCAGACUUCACGUGGCCCCGUAUUUAUUUUAGCUUCGUGCCGUCCAUGUGGAACACAUAGGAAACGGUCAGUUAAUAUACAAUUAAAACGCGCAGUUUCGCUCCUGUAUAAAAUGGCGAAGGACGGCGCAGCGAAACUGUCCAAAAAUCUCCUGCGGAUGAAGUUCAUGCAGAGAGGUCUGGACGCGGAGGCGAAGAAGCAGCUGGACGAGGAGGAGAAGAGGAUCAUCAGCGACGAGCACUGGUUCCUGGAUCUGCCCGAGUUCAAGGCCAAAGAAAACUAUAUAAUUGAGGAGAGAAGUUACGCUCCCUGCGAGGAUUUGGUUUAUGGCAGAAUGUCAUUCCGAGGCUUCAAUCCUGGCGUCGAGAAAUUAAUGUUGCUAAUGAACGCGAGCAAAGAGGAAGAGGACGAAGAAGAGGACGAUGACGUGAGCAGAAUGGAAAAGGAUAUUACCGAUGAAGACAUGGCGAGAAGAUACGAAAGCUUGGUCGAGAGCAUGAGAAAUAAGUUCGCCAAGAAACGAAAUCGCUCCGAGGUUACCAAGAGCGAAGAGGACGUCAACUGCAACGAAGUUAACCGACCCAAAAAGGCGUUCCUGAAACCACAGGACUGAGAAAUUUUAUUCACACACACGCUAUACGUGUAUAUAGAUGUUUAUUUUUAUGCAGCGGACAUUUUUUUUUAGGUUAUUUUUAUGUGCAAUGACAACUACAUGCAUUGUUAAAAGGUACAAGUGGAUUGGUUUAAA